UCAUCACGUUGCGACAGCCAUUCUCUCCAGUCGGUGGUGGAGAGUCAGGAGACGAACAAACCGCGGUUGUUGAAGAGUCUGUGAACGGCAGCUCACUCACAACUGACACACUGUUUGCUCUCAGUGGAUAUGUUCUCCCUCUUGUAAUGGUCGCACGCCUUCAUAUGUCGCCCAGUGAAAGAACAGAGUCAAAGGGUCGACCAAUACUCUCGUCAAUUUGACAGAGCAGCUAACGUUAGCGGUGUCUUACUAGCCAGCUAAUGUAACACGAACUUGGCUUGUAGGUUGCCUUGUAGAGGCUAGUUAGCUCCUCUAGCUAACCUGCUAGCUUCUGUUGGUUAGGUGCAAACACUUGACUUGCUGCUGGUGGGAAACCAAGAAACGAACAUCGGAGCCUGUGGUGUUAGCUUCAUCAAGCUCCAGAGGAUAUCUACGACCAAAAGGAAUCACCGGAGAGGCCUGCUGUCUUUUUUCAUCACCACAUUUCUGAGCCUCCCACCUUCAGUGCCUCUGGCUCAGUCAGUGGCUCAGCAUCACUUCAAAAGGGAAGGUCUGCGGUGCUGCAGAUAACACGCUGUACCCCCAAGCACCGGCAAGCUUUUCCAGAGCCCCUUCGCAGUCCCUCGACUGACAGAAACAAUCAACCCUUAGAGUUGGACCUGAAGUAGAAAAGAUCAAUUGUGGCCUAAACAAAGACAGACAGAGAGAACUAAUGCCAAGCCCUUCUCCUCCUCAGACAGCCUAGCGAAGGUCCAGGAGGUAGCAAGCUGGCUUUUGGAAAUGAACCAGGAUCUGCUGUCGGGGGGCAGCAGCAGCAGGCGGAGUCGGGGGCCGGGGGGUCCGGCAGUGCGAGGUAACGCCUCCUCCACGGCUCGGGCACCCCAGCAGGCAGCAGAGGAGGGAGAUGAGGAUGAGCACAUGAACCGGGUAGUAGAGGAGGCAGAGCAGCUGCAGCAAAGGCCUGAGGCAUCGCAGGUUGAUGGCGAGAGAGAACAACCAUGGGCGCCAAGUGAAUCAGGAGCCAGCAACGGCCCUCAGGGAGACGAGGAAGGGGAGGACGACGAGGAGGGCCCUCCAAACGAAGUGAACGGAGGAGAGAAAGGAGCCCGAUGGAUGUGGGGGGCAGAGCAGAGGCGAGUACGAGGCCAGCCGCUGGGCGAAGAGGACGAGGAGGAGGAGGAAGAGGAAGAGAACAACAACAGCAGCAAUCACCAGGAGGAGGAGGAGGCUGAGGAGAGGACAGAGGGAGGGGAGGAGCAGGGAAGGGAGGAAGAGGAGAGGGAAGAGGGCGAGGAGGAAGAGGAGGAGGAGGAUGAGGACGAGGAAGAGAUGGACCAAGACAGUGAUGACUUUGAACAUUCCGCGGAGAGUGGGAGGGAGGAGGAAGAGGAGGAAGGAGAAGGGGAGGAAGGGCUGCGGUCUCCCUCUCUCAGGAACAAUGUGUCAGCCCCCAAUAACAACCUGGACUCGAGUUGUACACACCAAAGCUCUUCCAACAAGAAGAUGAAAAGAAAGUUGGACCAUGGCCCAGAGGUCCGAUCUUUCCCUUCAGGAAAAAAGCCCUGUAAAGGCCCUGAGUAUCCCAGCCCGACAGGAAUUGUCCCUUGUCCAGCCACACCCACCACAUUUGGCCACAUCAGAACAGCCAAUGGUCAGGGGCAGCAGAGACGGCGUAUCACCUCAAUCCAGCCACCCACGGGUCUCCAAGAAUGGCUCCGAACAUUUCAGAGCUGGACUGGCCCAGAGAAGCUGCUGGCGCUGGAUGAGUUGAUAGACAGCUGUGAGCCCACACAAGUCAAGCAUAUGAUGCAGGUGAUCGAGCCGCAGUUUCAGCGCGACUUUAUCUCCCUGCUGCCCAAAGAGCUGGCUUUGUAUGUGCUGUCAUUCCUGGAACCGAAGGACCUACUCCAAGCAGCCCAGACGUGUCGCUACUGGCGCAUCCUGGCAGAAGACAACCUGCUGUGGAGGGAGAAAUGCAGGGAAGAAGGCAUCGAUGAGCCUCUGCCCCUCAAGAAGAGGAAAAUCGUCAAGCCUGGCUUCACUCAUAGCCCCUGGAAGAGUGCCUACAUCAGGCAGCACAGAAUAGACACCAACUGGAGGAGAGGGGACCUCAAAUCACCCAAGGUGUUGAAAGGUCACGAUGACCAUGUGAUCACCUGCCUCCAGUUCUGUGGCAACCGCAUUGUCAGCGGCUCUGACGACAACACGCUAAAAGUUUGGUCGGCCAUCACAGGAAAGUGUCUGCGCACAUUGGUGGGCCACACAGGGGGCGUGUGGUCAUCCCAGAUGCGAGACAACAUCAUUAUCAGCGGCUCCACUGAUCGCACACUCAAGGUCUGGAACGCAGAGACAGGAGAAUGUAUCCACACCCUCUAUGGGCAUACCUCAACAGUGCGCUGCAUGCACCUACAUGAGAAAAGGGUAGUCAGUGGCUCUCGUGACGCCACGCUGCGCGUCUGGGACAUUGAGACAGGUCAGUGUUUACACGUCCUCAUGGGCCACGUGGCGGCGGUGCGCUGCGUCCAGUAUGAUGGGCGACGGGUGGUCAGCGGUGCCUAUGACUUCAUGGUCAAAGUGUGGGACCCCGAAACGGAGACCUGCCUCCACACGCUGCAGGGCCACACCAACAGAGUGUAUUCAUUACAGUUUGAUGGGAUCCACGUGGUGAGCGGCUCAUUGGACACGUCUAUAAGGGUCUGGGACGUGGAGACGGGCAACUGCAUCCACACGCUAACGGGGCAUCAGUCCCUCACCAGCGGCAUGGAGCUCAAAGACAACAUCCUGGUCUCAGGCAACGCUGACUCCACUGUAAAGAUCUGGGACAUCAAGACGGGCCAGUGUCUGCAAACACUGCAAGGUCCCCACAAGCACCAGAGCGCCGUGACGUGCCUCCAGUUCAACAAGAACUUUGUCAUCACCAGCUCGGACGAUGGCACAGUUAAACUGUGGGAUCUGAAGACGGGCGAGUUCAUCCGAAACCUGGUGACUCUGGAGAGUGGAGGCAGCGGCGGUGUGGUGUGGCGCAUCCGGGCCUCCAACACCAAGCUGGUGUGUGCAGUGGGCAGCCGCAACGGCACAGAGGAGACUAAGCUGCUGGUGCUGGACUUUGACGUGGACAUGAAGUGAGGAGAUGGGGUGAGGAAGGACGAAUAGAGCGAACCGCGGAGAGGAAGGAAUAGAGAGGGAAUGGGAGAUGAGGCACCUAGAAACCAGAGGGCCAAAACCCAGAACUCUUCACCCAAACUCGCAAAAUCUACAACCACCACCACUGACAGUGGGCUGUCCUGUCCUCUACCAUUAUGUUCCCCAUCCCCCUUUGGGAAAAUGUUACUGACAGAGCCACAGAGCCACGUGUUCGGCCCCUGCUUUCGACCCCCUACCACCAGUACGAGGUGGAGUCGGAGUGAACCGGCUGGAAACGGGGCGGCGGUGCACGACUGGUCUGUCCCACAAUUGGCUGGGAGAAAGAAGAAAGGAACGACUGAUGACAACUGAACUCUUUUGAAGUGACUCUCAACCCUUUCGGUUGGGGUCCACUUUGCACAGAGACUUGGUUUCGCUCAAGCCUGACAGAUUUUGAGAUGUACAGAGAUAUAUUAUUUUUUAAAGAUCCCCACACACCCCCUCCCCUUCCAUCAAAGCACGCGCCCACACACAUACACUCAACCGCAAAUAGAAACUGGACUGUAGGAAAAGAUUGAAGAAGGUAAAUUUCCACACACCUAAAGAGCUGCUUGUAUCAGAAGAGAGAGGUCGACUGGAGGGUUCAGCCUGUAAUCAGGCUCAUUUCUUGUCACUCCAUUUCCGUUCUUAUUGUUCUCCACUUGGUUUCUGUAGUUUUCUUUACAAUAUCGCACACAAACACAACUGUGAAUUUCAAUACGUUUUGGUUUAUCAUAUGAAAAGGGUUUCCUCACAGGUUUUUUUUCUCUUCGCGGUUGCCAACAGCAACAAAUCCCAGUAUUAGAAACCUGCUCUGUUUAGUCAAGACGUCACUUUUUAUUUUCUUUGUCUUUUUAUUUGAGUUGUUUGUUCUUCCUUUUUGUUUUCUACAUACAUGGGUUUGGAGCUCCGUCUCCACAUAAACAUCAAUGCUGUCCAGAAUUCUUUGGUCUAGCUGGGGUGGUUUCCUCAACGCCAGUGCUGUGACGAGAGGCAGCAAAGCUCUAUGCGCUGUGGAUUUAUUCCCCUGAACCCCUAGCCUCUUCCCCUCUACCGUUUUCUCCCAGUGGCCAAACUGUAUUUAUGCUGCUAGUUGAAUGGAAAAGAAAAAAAAAAGAGAGAGAUGGAACUUUUACUUGCUGUGACGUUUUAGUCCCAGGCAAAAUUCCAAAUUGAACUCUAUAUGUUUGGACUUAAAGAAACAAAAGAUCACAAAAUAUAACAUCCAACAUUUUUGUUUAUUUUGUUUGUUUUUUGCCACUGAAACUUGAGCCAAACGUGCCUCUACGAGGCUGAGAGGAUGGAGCGCGAUCGCCUGCAGAGAGGAAACAAGGGGAUGUACACUGUUGGGGUGCGUGUGUGUACGUGCAUGAGUGUGUGUGUGUGUUAGCGUGUUAAUGGGCAACUUGUAAACACAUUCCUUGGGACAACGCUCUUUCAGCCUGUUCUUUGGGGAAAUGUACAAAUGCUGUGUGGACUGGCAAAGAAAAAAAAAAACUAGCAGUUGUAUUGAUUUUAACGUGAAUGAGAGAACUGUCCGUAUCCGUGUGUGAUUGUUGUUCCAUUCAACGAUGUCUGAAGCAACAGAGGAGACCCAUCACAAGGAUCCACUGACAGGUCGAGCUGCCAGGAGUCUUAGUGUUACAUGUGUUGCAGUUAAAAUCACCGGGGCGGCUGUCGCAGCCUCGAGGAUUGUCAGUGGGGAAAAACAAAAACACAAAGGCAACAAACAUGAACAGAAACAUUGUAGCCAAACAUAAAAUCGUCUCAAUCUCCAAGAGUCACAACUCGAGCUGAACUGUGAAAGUGGUAUAACACUGUAUAUUAAAAAACAAAACAAUCUUGCUCUAUCUCCUCUCGUUGUUUUCUCCCUGUUUUAAUUUAUGAUCUGGUUUGAGAAAUCAGAUUUGUUGCAGGUGUUUUAUUUUUUUCAGUUCAUGUAAACUGCCUGGCAAAAAAGAAAACAGACAGAAAAAACCUUAAAGGGAUUGUGUAUUUGUUUGAUUCACUUAGAAUUUUAUUUUCUUAUAACUUAAGUGCAAUAAAAUGUGGGUUUUUUCUUUUUUCAUUUCAAGCAUAUCAGUUGUCUGUUUUUGUUACCUGUGUGAAGGCAUCUUAUAUGUUCAAUAAAGCAAAUUAUUUGGUUAAUUACAUCCCAAAGGGAAUACUUCUAA